UAGCAUUUCCCAAAUCUGGCUACGUUUCUCUUCCAUAAUCUGUUCCCAAAAUCAUUUUGCGUCCGACUGAGGCGGAGCCGGCCCAACCCCCUCCCCUUUUCUUGAGAUUCCAAAAAUAAAAUUUUAUGUUUGAAAGUUUUCAAAAUUUGAUUUGUAACCCCCGUUCAAUAUAAUUGCCCCGCUGCAAAAACACUUAUGGCUCCGCCACUGCGGCGACUGAUUUAAGAUGGUUGGGUCAAUUCAAUCGGAAUCCCCGUCUCCAGCAAAAGGCGGCACUCCAGGCGCGAAUCUGCCUCCGCCAAAGGGCUGGACUCAAAGCUUUUUCUCUCUCUCCCUCCCUGUCUGAAUUCUCUGAUACGUCAUCUCCACCAAAGUUUUCUUUUGACUGGGAUCGCUGGUGAGGGGAGAGGCACUUGAUAGUUAUUUCAAUUUGCUUCCUCAAUGUAACAUUGUCCUUCAUCUGCAAGGCCGUGUCUGCGACUCUGCAGAAGAAAUGUGUACUUGUGGUGGUUGUUUUCGUAAUAUGGAGCUCUCCGUUUGGCAUUUUCAAGUACAGUUGCUGCUCAGAUCUGCGAUGCUCACGCAUGCUUGAUGUUUACGAAGGCAAAUUGUUCACGCUGAACAGCAAGCUUCCUGAAUGCGUUUCCCGUUAUUUAAGUUGAAGAAAUUUAUGGUGGCGAAACUAUGGCGGCGUUUGUGAGGCAGCGUUUCAUGGUUGCUCUUGUAGUCCUCUCCGUAAUGUUGGUGGUCGUCUUCAUAUUGCCAUCUUCUCCUUCUCUGAAUACGAAUUUUGUUACUAUCAAAGGAAAAUCAACCAUAUGGGAUGUCCGUCGUCUUGUGGAAUGGAGGCCUUGUGAGUGGUGGAGUAAUGGUCCCUUAUUAGCUCUACCGGAGGAGACUAACGGUUACAUAAGAGUCGAUUGUUAUGGUGGUCUUAAUCAGAUGAGACGUGAUCUCUGUGAUGGUGUUGGUAUCGCUCGAUUGCUAAAUGCUACUCUUGUUUUGCCCAAAUUCGAGGUUGCUGCCUACUGGAAUGAGACAAGUGGCUUUUCAGAUAUAUUUGAUGUUGAUUAUUUCAUUCAUCAGAUGAGAGGUUACAUAGAAGUCAUAAAGGAGCUACCAGAAGAUUUAAAGUCAAAGGAACCAGUCAAAGUGGACUGCAGCAAACGCAAAGGGCUGUUUGAUUACGUUGAAUAUCUUAUUCCCUUUCUCAGAAAAGAUCGUUUUAUAUCAAUCACACCUGCUAUGAGCCAAAGGAGGGAUAGGUAUCCUGCUUAUGCAAAAUCUGCACUCUGUCAAGCUUGCUUCAAGGCACUGCAGCUCAAGAAACACUUAGUGGACAAAGGAUUGCAGAUGAUGGAGGCUUUGCCAAAAUCUUUUCUCUCUCUUCACCUUAGGUUUGAGCCAGACAUGGUAGCCUACAGCCAGUGUGAGUACAGUGGUCUCUCGCCCGCUUCUGUGGAUGCUAUUGAUGCUGCCCGUGGUGAUAGAAAACCGUUGUUAGGGGAUGCUGCACGCGUUUGGAGGAAUCGUGGCAAGUGUCCUCUCACUCCUAAUGAGACUGCCUUCAUACUGCAGUCCUUAGGCAUACCAAAUGAUACUCCCAUUUAUCUAGCAGCCGGUGAUGGUCUUCUAGAAGUUGAGGGCCUGACAAAUUUCUAUAAUAAAGUCUAUACAAAAUCAUCCAUUCUUGAUGAUGUAGAUUUUACGAGCAUGCAUGGGAACACUAAAGCUGCUCUGGAUUAUUUCAUCUCAAUUAACAGUGAAGCUUAUGUGGCAACAUAUUUCGGAAACAUGGAUAAGAUGGUAUCCGCAAUGAGAGCACUAAAUGGAAAGCCAAAAACACUUUUCUUAAACAGGAAGGCAUAUGCAGAAUGUACUUCAAAGGGGAUGGAAGGGGGCGAGCUGGUUGAGUUUUUAUGGAACGCACACAAAAAUGAUUAUGUCAUGGGAAGAGGGUCUGCUUUGCCCGACUGCUUCUGUGAGUUUAGCUUGCAAUGACUGCAGCAGACAGAGAAACCAUGGACACACUGCAAACGAAGAACAAUGAAUGAGAUGCAAUUGGGUGGUUGAUUGCUUCUGUAAGUAGCUGGCAGUGCUGCAUGGCACAGAAGGACAAGAAUGAAAGAGAUUGAUGAUUUUUUUUCAUUCUUCACAUUCAUCAAGAUAUUUUGUCAUCAUUUUAAAGAUCAUGAAGGCCAGAAGUCCACUUCUAAACUCACAAUGGGUACAUUAGAAAUAUUCGGCAGCGUUAGGUAGAGUUAUUAGCAUGACCUUCUUCACCAUUUGAUUGGAUUAUGGAUUGUACUGUUUCUCUACCUAUUCUUUUUGAAGUUUUUUCCA